AAAUUCAAGAAUUAGUCAAUGAUAAAACCAAACUGUCUACCUUAAUUGCACUUGUCGUAGAACCUAGAAGUACUGCCCCUGAGCCCACAUAUGUUCCUGGAACUACUGCCACCUCAGAGACUGCAUCUGAGCCUUCAAAAACCUUUGAAUUACCGUUACUACAGAGACUGCCUCUGAGCCCUCAAACGCCUAUGGAACCACUGCUCUUGAU